UGUCCCAUCGUUGGUGUCAGUGGGUGGAAUAGUGUCCCAUCGUUGGUGUCAGUGGGUGGAAUAGUGUCCCAUCGUUGGUGUCAGUGGGAGGAAUACUGUCCCAUCCUUGGUGUCAGUGGGAGGAAUAGUGUUCCAUCAUUGGUGUCAGUGGGAGGAAUAGUGUCCCAUCAUUGGUGUCAGUGGGAGGAAUAUGCCCCAUCAUUGGUAUCAGUGGGAGGAAUAGUGCCCCAUCACUGGUGUCAGUGGGAGGAAUAGUGCCCCAUCACUGGUGUCAGUGGGAGGAAUAGUGCCCCAUCACUGGUGUCAGUGGGAGGAAUAGUGCCCCAUCACUGGUGUCAGUGGGAGGAAUAGUGCCCCAUCACUGGUGUCAGUGGGAGGAAUAGUGCCCCAUCGUUGGUAUCAGUGGGAGGAAUAG